GUCAUUUGGGAAGUGAAGCGUCGUGGGUGCUAAAUUUAACUGAAAGUCUAUAACUUAUAGGAGCUGUUUUGUUUUAUUUUAGAUCGUUAUUUUGUUUUCUGUCAUGUUAACAUUUUAAAUACGGGACCAGUCUCCUCACAUACUAUUUAACCGACAGACAACACCUAUCGUCUACCUAGAUCAAUCAAAUCGAUGGUGAUAGACUAGUGGACACUAAAAUAUUUAUACCUCAUUUAUUGAUCAUGCAUUGUGGCAAACUUUGAACUAAAGCCUUCACUGCACCUUUUUAGUAGACCCCCUUAAGCUGUACUUAUUAUGUGUUUUUUAAAUAAUUUAAUAGUCGUUAUUGUACCUCGAUGUUUGUUUUUAAACACAAGAACUAUAUGUACAACUAUUUUGGUGUGCCUUUUCCUAAAUCAGGUGCUGUGUGAAGAAUAUCAUUGUGUUUGGUAUGGAGAAUGCUAUACCGAUAAAUCCAACCACAAGAAAAACUGUCCCUACGAUGGUCCUUCCAAAGAGGUGACCAACUCUACUAGUGUUAAUAUUUUGAAAAAAUGGUGCCCCUUCUUGGUCAACAAUGAUGGCCCCACAACCACUUGCUGUGAUGAUGCUCAGUUGGUAUCUUUUGACCGUGGUGUUAACAUGGCUGCAAAUUUCCUAGCUAGAUGCCCCUCUUGCUGGCACAACUUUUUGUCGUAUUUCUGUCACUUCACUUGUGCCCCGGAUCAGAGCAGAUUUGUUAACGUUACUGAGUUAGGUGUUGUAGGUAAAGGUAUUACGACAGUGGAGGGGCUGGAGGUGUAUGUGUCCGACACCUACUUGUGGCGGACUUACAACGCGUGCAAGGAAGUUUCGGUGCCGUCCACCAAUCAACUGGCUCUGGACAUCAUGUGUGGCCAAUGGGGAGCCAGCCGCUGCUCACCUUACAAAUGGUUUUCUUAUAUGUUUGACCCGAACUUAAACUCCUAUGUGCCUUUAAAAGUUGCCUUCGUGCCUGUCACUUCUGACCAAGAGUUGGUGGAUGGAUUCUCACCACUGGAGCCUGAAACGUUUACCUGUGAUGUUCCAGUCAAUGCUCAGACAUCAGCAUGCAGCUGUAUGGACUGUGAGGCCAGCUGUCCUGCGGCUCCACCUCUGCCUACCCCUGUCUUACCUUGCCUAGUCUUGGGACUGCCUUGUCUGUACGUAGUGAUGGCCACUGUCUUCAUCAUCACUUCAGCUGUAUUCCUUGUCAUUACCAACUACCAACAGAAACUCCAGCUGCUUAUCAAUGACACAACUCUGGUGCCUAGAUCGUCAAACGAGGACCGGAAUAUUGGCCGAAGUCUGGCCACCAAGAAUCACUCUAACAGUGUGAUACAUGACGAGGAAACCAGUCCUUUACAAUCUAAGCGGUCUAGUCUUACUAGCGAGAAUGCUGAACGAAUCGCAAGGGUUAGCAAUUCAAGUAUGAUCAAACCUGCUUCAAUAUAUGAAAAACUUGGUGCCGAACUAGACAAAUUACUUCAAGAAUCAUUUGAACGCCUUGGCUACUACUGUGCACUACACCCGUGGCGUACGCUGCUCAUUGGUCUGUGUGUGGUGCUGGUGCUGGGCCACGGCAGUUUCUACCUGCGCCUGACUACUGACCCGGUGGAACUGUGGGCCUCCCCCUCGUCUCGCAGCAGACAGGAGAAGACCUACUUUGACACUCACUUCACACCAUUCUACCGCACGGAGCAAGUCAUCAUACACGCCGUCCAGCUGGACAGUCUUAUUCACAACUCCUCCAAUGGGCCCAUUGAGUUUGGACCAGUGUUUCACAGAGAAUUUCUUUUAGAAGUACUGAAACUGCAAGAACGAAUAGAAAUGCUGGGCCACGCGGAGGGUGCCGGACUAGAGAAGAUUUGUUUUGCUCCAUUGACGUCCCCGUUCACCGGCCCCACCAGGCUGUCGCAGUGUGUGGUGCAGAGCAUCUGGGGCUACUACUCCAACGACUUGGACGAGUUCAACACUGAGGACCCGAACAACAACUACCUCGACCACUUCAUCAAGUGUUCUCAGAACAGCUACAGCCCAGAGUGUCUGGCCCCGUACGGUGGUCCUGUAGACCCAGCCAUCGCCCUGGGAGGGUUCCUCAGGCCAGGUGAGAGUCUGUCAAAGACAGCUCCGUACCAGCGAGCUACUGCCACUAUACUGACCUUCCUGGUCAACAAUCAUCACAACAAGACACUGCUGCAGCCUGCUCUGCUCUGGGAAGAGAGAUUCAUUUCUUUCAUGAAGAACUGGACAGCGACAGAGAAGCCAGCGUACAUGGACGUUGCCUUCACCUCGGAGAGAUCUAUUGAGGAUGAGUUGGACAAGGAGUCUCGCUCAGAUAUUCUCACCAUCCUCGGCAGUUACAUCAUCAUGUUCGCUUACAUCGCCUUGGCACUAGGACAGAUUCAUCAGUGUAAUACCAUGCUGAUGGACAGUAAGAUCACCGUGGGGUUGGCUGGAGUGGUGGUUGUUCUCAUGUCGAUUGUCUGCUCUGUGGGAUUUUUUGGAUACAUUGGAGUACCUGCUACCCUAAUUAUUUUUGAGGUGAUCCCAUUCCUGGUGCUGGCUGUUGGUGUGGACAACAUUUUCAUCAUCGUACAGAGACAUCAGAGAGAGCCCAGACUAGAGGAAGAGACUACAGAGCAGCACAUUGGCAGAGUUCUGGGACUGGUCGGUCCAUCCAUGCUGCUCACCAGUGUGUCAGAGUCUUGCUGCUUCUUCCUAGGUGCAUUGUCCGACAUGCCAGCUGUGAAAGCCUUUGCGCUGUACGCUGCAAUGGCGUUGUUUGUUGAUUUCCUCUUUCAAAUUUCCUGUUUCAUCAGCAUUCUCACCCUGGACACUAAGAGACAUGAGGAACGUAGGCUAGAUAUGUUUUGCUGUCUCAAAUCGUCCAACAAAGCAGAAACUGUCAUUGAAGACGGAACACUCUUCAGUUUCAUAAGAGAUAGAUACGCCCCUAAACUGUUGUACAGUCGAGGAACACGAGCAUUUGUCGUGUUGGUGUUUGUUGCGUGGCUGUGCGUUAGUAUGUCAGUGUUACCAAACUUGACUAUCGGACUGGACCACAAACUGUCGAUGCCUCAAGACUCUCACGUCUACAAAUAUUUUACGUACCUGAGUGAGUUCCUGUCCAUUGGUCCGCCAGUCUACUUUGUCUUGACAGGCGAGAUGAACAUGAGUGAUACUGUAGUACAAAACACCAUCUGUGGAGGUCAACACUGCAACACUGACUCUCUAUCGCUGCAGAUAUACAAAGCGACUAAAAUGUCCAACAUCACGUACAUCGGACGACCAGCCUCCUCCUGGAUGGAUGAUUACUUUGACUGGAUCGUGUCUCAGGAGUGCUGUAUGAUAUCUCCAAACACCUCGUCAUUCUGCCCUCAUUCUGGUGGUGAUGAUUGUGAUUACUGCACCAAGGUGAUCAACCCUGACCUGGCCAGACCUGACUCUACCACCUUUGACCGAUAUCUCUCCUUCUUCUUGCAGGACAACCCGGACGCCAGUUGUGUCAAAGCGGGGCACGCGGCUUACUCUCAGGCAGUCAAGUAUAGGCUGGAUGAGAGAGGGUACACAGUGGUAGAAGCGACUUACUACAUGGCCUACCAUACAAUACUGAAGUCAUCCAGUGACUUCUACGGGGCGAUCAGAGAGGCUCGUAAGGUAGCGGACAACAUUACUGAAACCAUCAACGACAAGCUGGUACACAUCGGGAGUAACGCCACAGCUCAUGUCUUUCCGUAUAGUGUGUUCUACGUGUUCUUCGAGCAGUACCUGACCAUGUGGCAGGACACUUUGUACAGUGUAGGGGUGUCUCUUGCUGCUGUGUUCCUGGUCACUCUGGUACUGAUGGGGCUAGAUCUAGUCUUGUCUCUUGUGGUCCUAGUCACCAUCACCAUGAUUGUCAUCAACCUCGGUGGACUCAUGUACUUCUUGGACAUCACACUCAACGCAGUCACCCUCGUCAACUUGGUUAUGGCUAUCGGCAUUUCUGUGGAGUUCUGCAGCCACAUCGUACAUGCUUUCUCUGAGUCUAUGAAGGAGACAAAGAUUUUACGGGCUGGAGAUGCUCUUGUCAAUGUUGGAACAUCGGUGUUUUCUGGCAUCACCCUUACCAAGUUUGGUGGCAUCAUUGUGUUGGGAUUUGCCCACUCACAGAUAUUCAAGGUGUUUUAUUUCCAAAUGUACAUGGGAAUAGUCGUUAUUGGUGCUCUACACGGUCUGGUAUUCCUACCUGUUCUGCUUACAUACUGCGGUUCGUCAGUGAACCCGAAGAAGCUGCUAUUGUUCGAGAGGGAGGAACGGAGAAAAAUGUUGGCCAGCAUAAACAGAGUAAGGGAGGGGUUACGGGACAGAGAGGGGCAUGUUCUGGACGAAGUGAAGCCUGCAUGAUCUUGCGCAUGUCUAGACGAGACAGUUCCUAACUCAGUAUUGGACCUUGUUCCUUGUGACUACUAGAAUUGUGCCUUUUAACAUAGGAUCUUCAUCUUCAGUGUGUCCACAGACAAUGAUUAUUGUGAGAGCUAUAUUUUAAUAGAACAUUAGAUACAUAGUUUGUAGUCAAUGUGAUUGUGUCGCUGCAGUGAAAUGCAUGCAGUGUUUGUAGCAUGAACUUUUCAAAUGUUACAGUGUGCCUCAGGCCGCUUGAGUACGGGCGACAUGAAACAUGUUUGGCCAAGUACGAGUUAUGAGUAUGUGAUAGGUUUUUUACCCAGACUCUGGGGAAUGUUACAAAAACUAAACAAAGCAAUUUUAUUUUUGUAUUUUUUAACACUUAAACACAUAGUGUUAACAUAAGUGAAUCAUUAAAAACACAACUAGGUGCUUUACAACUGGGUGAGGAUACAUGAAAGCACAGUUUGGAUCUAUAAACCUACUAUUGAACAGUUACACCCCUGUUGAAAACAGUUUUAUAGAAGCAAAAGUCAAUUUUGCAUCUAAUUUUGCGUGUUUUAAUGACGUCAUUGGCAUUUUUAAAAGUUUUUCUUUGUAAGGGAACGGUCCAAAAUCUGGGAUAACCAACACAUAUCUUUGCAUAGCAUUGUUAAUUUAUAACCCAAAGCCAAAUAGCAUUUGGAGCUAUAGCCUCUGGGUCAUUAUUAAACAUAGUUAAAAUCGAAGGCUUACCUUACGAUCCAAUUUAUUUUAUGGUGGGAACCUAGGUUUCUACGUCGUCAGUCCUUUGUCUCAUAGGUUGGCUAAACUUUAAGUUUUUCAUCCCUUACUUGAGAUAUUUUCGAUUUGGUAUAAUUUGUACAAAUAUUGAACACAUAUAAAUAUUUACUAAGACGUAAAUGAAAAGAUACAUGGCCAUAAUCUUCUUUAUCAAUCCUAACCUCCAAAGUUGGGC